AUGGAGGACAACAAUUAUAUACAGAAGAACAAGUUAACGCCCUUGUGGAAAGGGCCACUCAAAGGUUCAAAGAAAUCCAACUUGCAGAAUUGGAACAAUGAAUCCAGGGGCCUCCACUUCCUGAAGACAUACAAGAGAAACUGGAUGGUUACAGCCCCUCAUAACUGCAAAAAGCCUUACAAAGAUUCAAGAAAACAGUCCCUAAGUACAACAGUGAAGACUGGAGCACACCAGAGGAAACAAAUCCAAAUUCCGUCAAAAAACUUAAAAAGUGGAAGGUCGAUUCUCACCAGCUCGUUAACACCAUUUACCGUCUUACGGAAAACACAAGAAUUCAAGCCAGAGCGGCUACAGAAAUCUACGAGCAACUUCAGUAUGUUGAGGAACGAGGAUGGCAGAAAGAAGACGAAAAAGUUUUCUCAGAAGCAGUCGAAAAGCUUAGACGAUUGGCAGUAUUUGGCUAUGAAGUCGCAAAAGCUCAAGAAGAUGAAGCCAGAGAGGAGACAACAAAAGCUCUCAAGCUUCCUUAUAGUCUCAAACACAUGGAAAGUUCACCAAAGGGAGAUAAAAAAUACGUCUUUGACCAAGACUUCGUUUGACAGUACUAUGCCGAUUCCUUUCAACAGCAACUUGCGACAUAUGUCUCUCGAACAAGUAAAACCGACAGUGGAGAGUCUAAUUUCAAACGAAAGUCGAGGAAGGAAUUUUUUAUCCAAUUGA